AUGUCCGAGCCCAGUAAGUACCGAGAGUGGAUCCUCGAAACAAUCGACUCUCUCCGCUCGAGGAAAGCUCGUCCUGAUCUGGAGAGGAUUUGUCGAAUGGUUCGGAGACGUCACGGCUCGGACCCGGACCGAACCAGGACGGAACUGGAAAAACUGAUUCAAGAGCAGACGGUGCUCAAAGUUAGCUACAAGGGCUCCAUAUCGUACCGGAACGCGGCGAAGGUGCAGAGGAAAAGCCGAAAGAAGAGUGAGUUUACGGGCGCUGGCAGCAGCAGCAGCAGCAGCGGCGGCAGCGCGGAGGCAGUGAGGGAGCGGACCAAACACGACCAUCUGAACAACAACGGCGACAGUGCGCACAGCUUCACCGACCAGGAGGAGGGAGAGGAGGACUCGGAGCCCAACCCAGAGCCCCACACUCAACCAGCAGCCAGCAGCUCGGGAAAGCAGCUUAAGCUUGCCUCCAGUCCGAGUAGCGGAAACGGGUGCCUCAGCUGUGGCGCAACAACGGGCUGCGAUGUCGGGAGCGGCUGUAAAGAGGAGAAAGCAAGUGCAUCAAGAGACAAGGGAUUAGGACAGCAGGGAGCGGGGGGCUGCCCGUCACCCGGUCAAUGCCUCAGGACAAGCGCACAUGACGGAGAAGCCAGUGGGACAACACCGAGUAAAAUCGAUGCUGUUCGCGGGGGGAAAGUGCCGGGUCUGUCCGGGGCUGACACCCAAAACAAAACUUGCUCUGGGGGCGUCAGCUUUCAACAACAGAGACCGAAACAGACAUUGUCCCUUAAGCCCAAACUUCGAGUCGGAGGAGCGGGGAACCACGCCAACUACGACCUCGGCGACAGACUGGUGGCUUCUGUUCGCAGCCUGUCUGAGAGGAGCCUCAAAGGGGGCUCCGCCGCCACCACUAGAGGCCACAUCAAGCCGCUCGGGCUGAAGGAGAUACUGGGCUAUCUGAGCAGUCAGGAGCGGCUGUCGGAGGAGAAGCUGACCCGAGGCAAAGUCAAAGUGGUGAUGGAGAGAGAGGUGGCGAGGGGCAGGCUGCGCAGGACCCGCUGCGGGAACAUUACUCUUCCUCUGAGAGGGGUGGUGCUGGAGGAGCCGAAGAAUGCGUCCGCUGACAGACUUGUAAAGAGCGCACUGCAGGACAGGCACACUGAGAAAAAGGUGGGCGCUGAUAACUUAAUAUUUCCUACACGUCCCGACUGUAGAGAGCGCGCGGAUCUGCGCUGGCUUUUAAUGGUUUGCCUUUACAGUAAUGAUCCCUGCACACAAGGCAACGGGACGCCAGCGCCUUCCCUGUUACCAAAUGUUAUUUCCUGUUAAAUAUCGAUGUUUUGAAAAGAAAAGUAGCCUAUUCGAUGAGAAUUUGUACGAUCGGAAAGAUAAAGGUUUUUUUCUGAUUGUCACCGACAGGGACUGUGCCCUUGCUGUUUGUUCUCUGUGGCCUCGCUUAAUGUGCGUGUGUUUUUUCUAUUUGUAGCUCUGCUUCCUGCACAAAAGGUGCAGGUUCACACACACACACACACACACAGCAGCAGCAGCAGCAGACAGCUCUGGAGAGAGCGGCUUCCCCGGCCACCGGGAUGAGCGCGCGCACCAUAAAAAGAGCGUCUCUGCAUGGCGCGCGCUCUCGCAGGUCCUGAUUUUGUCGCCACAUCGUUAUCUGGGGUCAGAAUCGUUUUAUUUCGCCCUCAGGAACUUUGGCAGUGCGCAGCAGCUCGCGGAGUGUCUGGGCCUGCUGCGCGGUAGGCGGUGUCUGUCUAAAAACUUGAGCGCUGGCGUGUCGCGCAGGCCGGCGAAAGACUCGGCGCAAACAACAGCGCAUCAUGUUUCGAUCAUAGAGCCUACAUUCAAUCAUUUCUGUGACUGUAAAGGUUUUUUCGUUCAUGUGGUGUCACUCUUGAUUCGUGCCUCAUUAAAUCCUUUGUAUCCUUUUAGACAGCAAACUCUCCACCCUCUCUUCCUCCCUCUGUGGGUGAAGACUUCAGUAGGCUACAGUAGGCGGCUCAUGUUAUUUCUGAUUCCUGAGAUUUUUUUUCUCUCUCGAAGUGGGAGUUUCCGCUCGCCACCUCGAAUCAACGCAUCAGAUCCAAAGUUUAAGAUGAGUUAAAGCUCAUACCAGGUACCAAGCCUGGUGAGAACUGCGUUCACUCCUCACCUAUACCCCCACUCCCACCCCCAACCCCCACCCCCCCCUACUGAAUAAUUUCAAAAGAAACCACUUUAUACUAUGUCGUUGCAGCCGCCGGCCCCCUCUCUCCAGGAGAAUGAGCCGAUGGAAACAGCCAGUGAAGGAGAGGAAAAAGAAGAUAAUGAGGAAGAGGAGGAGAAGGAUGAUCCCCGGAGUUCUGAUGAGGAGGGUGGACUUUCCUCGGUAGCCAUGACAACCGAACCAGGGCUCAUUGAGAAAAGCAGAGAAGAUGCUGAGGUCCAGACAGCAUCGAAGCAUGAGAGCCCCCAACAGCAGCACGGGGGCAAAGGUGCGUGUGUGCGCGCGCUCAAAGUGUGCAUGUGUGUGUGCUGUUCUCAGUGCCACUGUUUUUUUUUUUUUUCACAUGAACAAGCAGCGUAAACACAACCUCCACAUUCAAACGUUGUGCUUUUAAUUUUUUCUAUUUAAAUUGUCUGGAUUGCAUGUAGUUUUCAAUCAAACUUCCAUCCAAAACAUAUAAUAUAUUUUGUUCAUGUAGUUAAAACCAGUGAUAUAUAUUGUCAUGUUAUAUACUAGAUUGUUAAAACUCUGUUUUAAUCCUAAGUUUUUGCAGCCUAAUUUUUGUAAAAUUUAAUAAUUUUAGGAAUGACCUUUUUAAACCAUGGACUAGUACCAACAACUUUUUUUUUUUUACUGAAAUAUCUUAAAACUACUAGUAGUGCUCCAAACAACCAUGUUAAUCUGAAUUAUUUUUAAAAAUCUAUUAGUAGUAACUAUAGACUGUAUAUAGAAUGGACGCCGUCUGCCUCCUCCGCCCACCUCAGAAAUUUAUUCCACAGAAUAUAAAUCUUUAAAUUUUAUCUUUACUUCUCUUCCAGGGAUGUCAGGACUUGAUCCUCUCAGCAGGAUACCGUGUUCACCUGUUCAGGGAUCUCACGGAAAUCUUCACACACAAGAAGGAGUCUUGGCCUCUUAUCAGCCGCAUACAGAUGCAAAGGUAUGUACAAAAAUGGUUAUGUAUUUAAAGCUUAUAUUGGUGCAAGAGGGCUGCAGGGUGGUGUAGUGAUUAACGCUGUUGCUUCACAACAAGAAGGUUCCUGAUUUGAAUCCACGGCCAGACAGAGGCCUUUCUGUGCAGAGUUUGCAUGUUCUCCCCUUGCAUGCUUGGGUUCCCUCCUGGUAUCCCAGCUUCCUCCUACAAUCCAAAAACAUGCUUGUCAGGUUAACUGAUCACCCUAAAUUGUCCAUAGGUGUGUGUGUGUGUGUGUGUGUGUGUGUGUGUGUGUGUGUGUGUGUGUGUCUGUGUGUGUGAAUGGCGGUGUGUUUCUAUGAUAGACUGGCGACCGGUCCUCAGUUUCUCUGCCUCUCACCUGAUGACAGAUGGGAUAGGCUUCAACCAAUCAUUAUUGAUGUAUUAAAACAGAAUUACUGAUUUCUGAGCAUUUUGGCAGCAGGUCUAUAGUGUUGAUUUUUUUCUAUGGUGACCUAAACAUUUUAGUUUUAGCAAAAACUUGAUGAUGAUUUCAAGGAAAGGCUUCCAUUUAACAAGCAGAAACCUAGACCAGGACUAAAAACAAGGUUGAUGACUGCCUGCCCUAAUCAUUUGGGUAAAGAUAGUGAAAGGGAGCAUGCAGUUGUGAAAUGCAAGUUUUAUGUACAAUAAAAAAUGAUAGGAGUCAUUUUAUUUAUUGUAGGAUUAGACUGUUUAAUCUGACAAUAAUAAAUUAUGAUAAGCACCAAAGAUAAUAGCAGCAGGGUUUAAUUGAGUUACAUUGAGGAAGCAGGUAACUUCUUGCAACAACAGAUCCAUACUCUAAACCCCACAGAGUAGAAAUAUCUGCAGAAGGUGUCAGAAGAGAGACAGAAGAAAAGUACAGGGGAAAGAAGGAUACAAAUUGUGCAUUGUAUAGGAUUAAAAAACCACAAAUGUAGAGAAGUAGAAAAAAGUAGAGAGAGAGAGGAAGGGAAAAGAGCUUAGUUCAUCUCAGGAAAACCCAAACUAGUACAUCCCUGAUGCAUCAUAACUAAAGGAUGGUGUGGGGCCAUUUAAGCCCUUUCUAUAAGGCAAUAACACAAACAGAGUUUUAGACCCAGUCUUAAUGUGGAAAGAGGAUGUCUAGCCCACAAAUCUAUGCAUAGAGCUGCUUCCACAGAAGAGGAGCUUAAUUGCUCAAGACUCUGCCUCCCGCACAACUUUUGGAGACUGUUGGAAUCUGGAAUCUGGAGAGUUUUCAGGGACUUGUGACAGGGAGUUAAAGUAAGGCUGCCUGAAAGUAAGUUAUACAUAAACUUGUGUUUUUUUUUUCAUCUUUUUGUGCCUGGAUUUGUCAAGUGUUUGAAAUAAUGUGUAGGAGGAAAAAUGGCUAUCCUUCAAAUUUAUGUUCAAGUGUUUACAUUCUUAAAGUCUGGAAACUUGGAACUCACUUACUGAUGAAACUACAGAAAGAGCUGAAACUAAAGGAUCGUAUGUUUUGCUGAAGUACAGUAGCCUCCUUUUUGUUGGUUUAACAGCAGAAGAUGGCAAGUUAUCCAAAUUUGAAUAACAUGGUUUGGUUGACCAUAAUAAUUGGGUAUCAUCUACACAACAAAUUAACAGUCUCUCCUUUUAACAUUCCCAAUGACAAUACUAUUAAAACAAAGAAAUACAAGGGGAAAAAAAGAUCUGGGUAGAAGGCACAAUCUUAAAGCAAUCUAGAAAGCACCCCACCUAGUGUAUUAUGGUUAAUUCAUUAGCUGCAGUAGCACAUGUGCAGUGUCCAUAAUCAGUCUGUAAUGAGAGCAAAAAAAAGACACAGUGUCUGAAUUUUAACCAUAUCCACACUUUUAGAUGAACUCACAAUAUGGUCUGUCAAUGUUUGAACUAAGUUUCAGUAAGACAGCUCAAAGUACUCCUUGACAACCUGCUUCCCCAUAAAAUUCCCUAUUAUUUAUAGUAUUUACAUGAGAAGCAACCUUUUUUAAAAUUUGAGACAAUUGCGAUGUGUGUCUGUCUUUUUAUAUGUGUGUCUAUGUGUGUGUGUGUAUGUGUGUGUGUGUGUGUGGGUGUGAGGAGGUGUUCUGAACCCCCGGUGGCUUGUUAAUUGUGAAGGGGCUGCCGCACUUAUACAUCAAUAGUUGUUGUCUAGACUGAAAUACAGGGGACUCAUAAACUGAGCAGUUACAUUUAGCCACAAUGUAGGACAGGACACACAUCGUGGUGUGUGCAAACUGUAAUGGUUAUCCAAAAUUACAAAAACAUAAAUACAGAAGAAGAGAGGAGGGGGAUGAAGACUAUUCAUAACCUGUUAGAGUUCAGACAAUUACUGGUACAUGUUUUGGCAUGACAUUAGUACACAGCUCAUUUUUGUGCUGUGAGUGUUUUUCGCUACAGAAUUCGGUGGUAGGUGCACCUCAGGGUAAAACAGAUAAAAUAGGAGCUGGAACCUUGAUAACACCACAUCAUCACAACUUUUAAGAGAAAACAUUUCCUUGUUAUAUUUGGCACAAACUACAGAAAACAAGGGAAGGAGUUUAAGUAUCUGGAGAAGGCAAAUUGGAUUUUGGUGAGAGCGUGAUGUAGCGUCACUGGUACUGCGAGCAUUGCACUGGACCGUUGUGGUGAAGAGAUAGCUUAGCAAGAAGGCAAAGGUCUUGGUUUACCAGUCGAUCUACAUUUCAACCCUCACCUAUGGUCAUGAACUAUGGGUGGAGACUGAAAAAGUGAGAUUGUGGAUACAACUAACAUGAGGCUGGCUGUGCUCAGCCUCAGAGAUUGGGUUAGAAGUGUGAACAUCUGGAGAGUGCUUGCAUUAGAGCCACUGGAAUCAGUUCAGGUGGUUUGGUCAUUUGAUAAGGAUGUCUUCUGGAUACCUCCCCUUUGGAGAUGUUCUGGGCACGCACAACUGGGGAGAGGCCCAGAGCUUGCUGGAGAGAUUACAUAUCCCACCUGGCCUGGAAGUUGGAAAGUGAUGCUGAAGAGAGGGAGACCUGGAUCAACUUGACCAAACCCAAGAUAAGCAUAAGAGGGUUGGUGGAUGGAUGGAUGGAUGGAUGGAUGGAUGGAUGGAUGGAUGGAUGGAUGGGUAGGUAGGUAGGUAGGUAGCUGGGUAGGUAGCUGGGUUGGUGGAUGGAUGGAUGGAUGGAUGGAUGGAUGGAUGGAUGGAGUCACAGUCAUUUCAUAAGACUCUAUUCCUGCUUCUUUGUUCUCAUAAGAGCUGUAGAUAUUUGGUAUUUGGUCCCUUACGUCAAAUAUAAGAGGCUCCUUUUUAUGUUGAUUUUUGCACAGCAGCUGUUUUCUGAUGGAAUUUUUUUACCUGCAGUUUAUGUAUUUAUCUUUUUAACUGUUCAAAUACAUCACCUACUGAGUUCAUUUGACUUGAAAAAUGUAUACAUAGGCAUCAACCCUCUAGCGUUGGUUGUAGGCAUUAGUGAUAGAUGUAGUGAAAUUCAGAUGGCCUCGUUUACUUUUGUGGGACUUAGAAAGGUGUAAGUGUCAAUGCAGUCUGUUCCAUGCCCAGUUAAAAAGCCCUCACAGUAGUUUUAAAAUGACACUGUUGAAUAUAGAUGGUAGUUUUUUUCGUACUUCCAGGUGAAGGACCACAAUGCUAACCUUACCUUACAGGAGCUGACCAUAACAUCAUGAUCAUUUGUAAAUAUAUAUAUGUUUUUUUAAAAGUGCCUUGCCUCAUGUUGUUCCCAUCCAACAUUGUCCUCAUCUUGUCAGAUAAAGGGCCAUACAGUCCUGAUCUGAUGAGAAAUGGACUGUACUAGACUCUGUCAAGCCAAUCCCUUAAGCUUGUUGUCAAUUACCUCAGGCCACCUUCUUCCAUUACUCUAUGGUCCAGUUCUGAUGCUCAGGUGCCCAUUGUUGGUGCUUUCAGAGGUGGACAGGGCACCCUUACCAGUCUCGUACCACACAGCCCCAUAAACAACAAACUAAUGAUGUUAUGUAUGUUUUGACUUCAUUCAGUCAAAACCAGCUUUAACCCUUCAAAGGAUUUGAGCUCCAGCCACUGUGCAGGGCUUUGCUUCCUGAGUGCUCAUAACCCUGUGGUUGGUUUCUCAGUUUUCCUUUCUUAAACCACUCUAAAAAGAGUUGGGCAUUAAAAGGACAAGACUGGUUUUCAUGAAACACAAGCCUGGAUAAGCUCACUUGCAAACUGUUCUGCCAGGGAGCACGGCCGCAACUACCCUUGUUGGAGGGGCAUGCAGCAACAGACCCCCCCCCCCCGGUUCUACUACUACCUAGGAUAUCUGUGUGUGUGUGUGUGCAGGAUACACUGCAUACCCACUUUUUGCGCCUCUGGCGGUGAGCCAGGCUGGUUUCGAAGAGCUGUAGAGUUCAGUAGCAUCUGCAAGUUGGCGCCCACCCCCUCAGUUGCAGCCAUUUGCCUGAGUUGGUGAUGUCACAUAAAGGGGACAGAGCACCUCCUCUCUGUGUGCUACAAGAAUGUUGCAUUUGAGGCUGUUGGACAACCCAAUGAGGUUUUAAUACAGUUGAAAUACAUUCUUUAUUUCUCUCAAGGGAACUAGUCUGAAAUCACUUAAAAAAGAAAGGAAGCAAAACUAAACCGAAGUGGAACCCUAACAUUACCUUCUGCUCCCAAGACCAUCAGCCCAUCACAAUUCUACCUUCAUCAAAGUUGCUCACAGUCUUACUGUUUCUUAGUUUUUCGUCCCCAAACACAAAAAUAUUGAGGAUACAAUGUUCACUUGCUUCCCAACAUAUCCCACCCACUGACAGAUGCUGUUGUAAAGAGACAAUCAGUGUCACUCACUUCAAUCUGUUAUGGUUAAUGAGAGUAUGUUAUCAGCCUUCAGUUUAUUUUACUCCUUCUCUUGACACUCCAUCUGUGCUACUAUGAGUCUUGCAUUUUUGUUAGUAAGUCAACAUGUUUGUUGACUUCUUUUCAAUAUUUAUUGAGAAUUAUUUUAAUUUUUAUUUUGGAUCUGUUUCUAUUUUGUGCAUGUUUUCAUAGUGCUAUGGUUCUGUGAAAUCUUUGUUUUACUUUCUCAAAUCACUGCAGUUCAUCAUAUUACCUUAUAUUAUUCACAUACUGAAUAAUUCAUUAACAGCGAACAUGUUUUAGUAUCUUAAGAGACAAACAAACCACCAAGAAAAAAAUGAAGUGAUCUCAAAGUGACUUAUCAGCUUUGUCUUCCCCAGCAGUCCACUUUCUACCUCGCACAACAUCAGUAAAUAAUCUCUUAGCAGAUAGUUUUGCUUUGUUCUGAUGCAGGUUGAUGUGGCCUCACAGUCUUUGUGUUUCGGUGGAGGUCACAUCACUCUAACACUCUGAAUAGGAUUUUUUUUUUAUUUUUAUGGCGACUUCAGGGAGUGGAGUUUUUCAUGCUUAUUGUAUUAUUUCUGUUUGACCCCUCUCUUUUCUCUUAAUAAAGAAACAGACGCAGAAUGACAAAGUCAACCACUCCUCCCAGGGCUUUAACUGUGAGUCUGCUUCACAGAUCAACUCACAAAUAUUCUCACUUGUGUUUAUUAUUUUAGUUAUUGGUGUGUCAUGGUGUUCAGACUGAGCUUCAUUUUCCCUCGUAGGCCUGGAGUCUAAGACAGAGGUCGGUGUGUCGUCCUGCCUGCUUACACCCACAGCCUCCCCGAGGGACCCCGGCCUGUCUGAAGAGCGCGGGAUAAACGGAGGUGUUAACAGUGGAGGGUGAGUACAGCAGAGAUCCUGGAGACUCUAAAGAAACCACACAGAUCUACUCUGUUUGUUUCCCCUGCGUCUUGCUUGAUGUCUGUGUUUUAUGAUGUUGGCAAAACCAGCAUUCCUGGCCGAGUUGUAGCAUAGGAAGCUGUAUUAUUCCCACAUAUCAUAACAGUGUGUCAUCAAAACUGUUCCUGUAGCUCUUCUGAGGAACUUUGUGGGUUAUGCUGGUUUAGGCAACAAAGCAGUUCAUCUAACCUCUUGAAUAUUUUUUUUUUAAUUAAACCUUUAUACAGCCGGGGUAGUCCCAUCAAGAUCAGAAAUCUCUUUGUGAAGAGAGCAGAUAGUCAGUCAAACAAUAGAAGACUUUAAAAACACUGACAAUUUUUAACAUAAACAUUUGUAUAUAAAAAGCCUAAAUUCAAGAGAUUUUACUGAGAUUUUUUUAACACUCAGAUGAGUUUGCAGCUUUGAGUGAAACAGUCAGAAAACCUAAAAGCUAUCUUCUACUUCAGUCAAGACUUAAGGCACGGUGAGUUGUAGAAGGACUAACAAGCAACUUCCAAGAUUAAAACUGUAAAUGAUGAUAUGCCAACGCUUCAGCUGUGAAGUUAAAAUCCGAGUGUAACGCACAAUGGUGAGUUCGUAGUUAGCGUUUUUCCACACUUUUGAAAAACUUUUAUGGUAAUUGCUGAAAAGAUGUUCACAACUGGCUCUAAGUGUUUUUAAGUGUUGAUUUUAUAUCUGUGUUUCAACAAGAUAUUACCAGGAAAUCUGCUUUAGUCACAGGAUCUAUCACUCUCACACUCAUAGCAGUUAAUUCGAUUGUACAAAAGAACACGGUAUUGCCACAGAAAAACUGUGCAUGCCUUAGACCCAAACAUUUGUUGCCAGUUAGUUACAUCCUCCUUUCAAUGCUACAGUGAACAAUUUAAAAUUUGAAUGAAAUUUGAAAAACAAAAUUGUGUUUGGAAAUGUAUUCAUACUAUAGCUGCAUUUUUUGUGGUUAAAAAAAAAGGUGAAAAGAUAUUCGGACUAGUUUUCAACCUGUUUCAAACCAAUUUCAAUGCAUCUGUAUCAAAUCUUGUCCGGAUACAUGCAGCUGAGGCAGUCUAGUACACCACAUCACCAUAAAUAGAUAAAAAAGUGAAGGGGUGGGGGAAAAAAUUGCUGCAAACCUUAAGGUCGUGGUGAACUUUAGGUACUGUCUCUUCAGACCCCAUCAAUCAGAAAACGAUUACAACAUUAAUGUAACACAAAGCGUUGCUCAUAAGAAAAGAAACCAUACAAAUGACAGCCCAAAUAAAGACUGGCAAAACUGAGGACACUGAGGAAAGAGAGGAAAGUCUAUCACAAGAGCUGAGUGAGGUAGAAUAAAUUAUGUAAAUAUAAUAUAAGAUGGUGAAAAACAGCCAAAAUAGAGGUAUUAGAUAAGACAAUGAAAUAGUGAAAGAAGACUUUGGUGGAAAAACAUUAAAACAGAAUGAAAUUUCUGAAGAAAUGUAUAAGAAAAGUAUUAUAUGGUAGGUAAAAGAAAUAACAUUUAUUUUAAAGCAAGACUGUGAAGGUAGGUUUUGAGUUUGUGUUUAAGAAUAUGGAGACACCGCUGUAGGUCUUCAGGUAGGCUGCUCUACAGACGUGGGUCAUAAUGAUAAAAAGCUGCCCCGCCAUAGGUCUUUGUCCUGACUUUUGGCACUAAUAAGAGACAACUACCUGAGGACCCGAGGACUCUCACAGGCUCAUAUGAUAAAAGUAUCAAGAACUUAAAAACCAAUAGAAGAAUCUUAAAAUCAAUUUUAAAAAAUACUCGAAGCUAGUUUAGAGAUGUUAAAACGGAUAUAAUGUGGGCUCUCUUUCUAGUCUUUGUCAGCAUCCUUGGAGCUGAGCUUUGCAGAAGCUAAAGUUGGCAGAUAUUCCUUUAAAGGUGACCAGAAAGAAGAGUACUACAAUAAUAAAUUCUGCAUGUGAUAAAGCAUGAACAAGUGUCUCUGCAUUGGCUUGAGAGCAAAAGUCUGGAAAUGUUUUUCAGGUUAUUUAAUGCUUUAGUGGAUUUCUCUCUAAUAUGUGGCUCAAAACUAAAGUCUGAUUUAAAAAUCACUAUGAGAUUUUUAACCUGCUGACAUUGGUAAAAUAAAUCAAACCUGGACUAAAACCUGAGUUUUGUCCCAGUUGAGCUUUAAAAAGUUCCCUGCCAUCCAUGACUUGAUAUCAAAAAUACAGUUAAAUUAUAAAUGGACAUUAUAAACAGUAAAAUAAUCUUCUCCUGUUUUUGAACAGUCCGACAUAUCAGCCAGUCUUAAUCUUCAGUGUGUAAAAAGGGAAAAUAAGCUGUUUUUGCAGCGUACAGUGAAUUACUGUAUGCAAUAUUUAUUUUUAGAGAUAACUGUUAAGAAAUAAGCCCUUGUGUUGAUUAAUCUCAUUUGCUUUGAUGGUCAUAAAGAAGUGUUAGUAAGGAUUUUACUCUGUUUCAUAUUCCGCUAAAAACUCCUUAGAGAAGCUUAAGGAAGGACGGUUACACUAUUUCUGAAACCAUGCAACAACUGCUUUUGGCCAUCAGGUGAUAGUGAAAACAAGUUGUGUGAACAGGAUUGUGUUGUUGUUAUUGCUGAUAAAACUUGAAGUUUACUUUGGGUAUGUAACAAGCCUCCUCCCUCUUCGUCAUCUCUCUAGGUUAAUAAAGUCUGAGGGGGUCAGUGGAAGCCCGGUGGAGUGGACAGUGUCGGACGUUGUCAGUUAUUUCACAGAUGCAGGUUUCCCAGAGCAGGCUGCUGCCUUCAAGGCCCAGGUGAGGCUGUAACUCUACUUCAUCACCACGAGAGGUCACUAUAGCAAAGCUCAAAACAUGUACAUGUCACCUGUUCACAGUUUUGACCCACAUCUACCCACAAACACUGCUCUGCUCUCUCCGUUAGGAAAUCGAUGGCAAGUCUCUUCUCCUCAUGCAGCGUAACGAUGUUCUGACUGGGCUGUCAAUCAGACUCGGCCCCGCCCUCAAGAUCUAUGAGCGUCAUGUAAAGGUGCUACAGAGAACGCACUUUGAGGAUGAUGAGUGCUAA